GUUUAUGUCUCCUCAGGUGUGUUUAUGUCUCCUCAGGUGUGUUUAUGUCUCCUCAGGUGUGUUUAUGUCUCCUCAGGCGUGUUUAUGUCUCUUCAGGAGUGUUUAUGUCUCCUCAGGUCACCGAUUGUCUCUAAAGCUCCCGCCCUGAGGUCGCCCCCCUGCCCAGGUGUGAUCAUGCCCUGGCUUGUCUCCUCUCAGGUAGACUUCCUGUCAUCGUCUCCGUCGCAGCGACAGUGUGAGAGGACGUCCUUCUCGUUUUACUGCUCUGUUCGGGAGCAACUUCCUGUGUGGCUGCUGGAAGAAACGCGCAGCAUGGAGGUGUUCAGCUGGGAGGAUGGCCGGCCGCGAGCUUUUCUGCCGUCAGAAGCGCUGCUGUAUGCGCUGGUGCACGACCACCAGGAUUACGCUGGCUUCCUGGUGCAGCAGUUCUCCGUGAGCGCACUCAGAGCACCGCGAUGCAGCUUCUGUUGCUGCAGCGGGGGGGCGCCGCACCUGAGCGUGGCGGUGCGCUACAACCGGCUGUCCAUCCUGGCUCUGAUGGUGGAGGCUCUGAAAGACUGCGACUCUGGCGUGAGGCAGGACUUCCUGGACGGUUGCGGCGGCUGCUCCCAUGCAGCGGACGCAGGGAAGUGUGCGGUGCAGCUGGCGGUGGAGCUGUCGAGGUCCGACUGCCUGCUGCUCCUGCUGGCUCACGGCGCUCGGCCCGCUGGCCUUGAUGCCGCGCUGCAGCGCCUCGUCUCCUGCGACGCAGCGGACCGGCGGGAGGCGCAGCGCUGCCUGGACUUCCUGCUACUCUUCCUGCCUGGACCACCAGCCUUUUGCUGCCUGCAGGAUGAGCGGCAGCGCUGGCAAGGCCGGCUGGGAAAUGAAGUGUUCAGAUGGCUGUCUGGGCUCGCGCCACCCCCCCUCCUACUGCAGGCGCUCAGGUGUUUGGCCCGGUCCGGUCCGGGUCGGAUCAGCGCGCUGCCCGACUUCCUGCAGCAGCACAGCUGGCAGUGAGGUCAUCUUCACCAUGGAAACCGCAGGGCUGCUUUCGUUGGACGGUGUGUUGAUGAUGUAAAUAACUGUAAAUAAACACUGAAAAACAGUCGUAUACCAGCCGGCUUUAGGACCCUAAGGGGACUUCAUGACAUAUAUAUGCAUUAUAUAUAAAGUAUAUAAAAUUGAUAUACUUUAUAUAUAGUAUAAAUAACUAUCGAUAAACUUUGAAUAUGUGGAUGAGCAGGCUUUGUUUUGUUGGAAAGGUAGAGAUGAAUGAGGAGUUGGAAUGGAGGUAAAGCCAGUCACCACUGUUCAUCCUUUAACCCUCUGGGUCAUAUUGACCCCCGUACUCAGACACUUAGGACUCGUUGUAUGGCUGUACAGAACAGAGUGUAUAUUCAUCUGAACAAAUAUUAUUGAUUUUCUUUGUGUUUGUAUAAAAUAUAAUCCUAUAAUAAAAUAAUGAAAGUGUC